AUGCCGUCUAAAAGGGCCAAAUCUUGCUUUGUGCCGAACUGUAACAGCGGUUACCAGUCUUGCAAAGAGAAAGUGCCGCUGUUCCGUGCCCCGAAAGACGCCGAGCGCUUGGAGGACGAAGAGAGAAGCUCAACAGCGACGCAGCGGUCUGGUACAUCCCAGUUCUACAGCAACCUGCAUUUGCCAACCUCCUACUGGUCGAAGAUUGUAUUCGAAGAGGACCCGUCGUCGGUACACUACGCAUGGUGUGAACCAGGAAGCAACAGUCAUGUGAAGACUACAAAGUUGGUUACGUUCUGUUCCCUCAGUGGUGAGAAUACAGCGCGCUGCUGCGUGUACUUCCUCGCUGUGAAGAUCAUCGACAUCGAGGUGCACACCUCUGCUGAAGCUGAAGCUCAGCUAAUGAGUGCAGAAAACUCAGCCAUGUGCCCUGGAGCAACACUCAAGCCACUUGUGGGGAAAAACUAUGUGACCUUUGGCAACGAAUACUUUUCGAAGGACUGCACUGGCCGUCCACAGGAUGAGCAGCCGUGCUUACGUUGCAGGUACCUUAAAAAGCUUAUCCAAAACCAGAUGUCAAGGAAAAGGAAGAAGACGUCUAGCUCCACCAAGAAGCAAUCGAGAAGAAGACAUGCUCUGUUCAAGGCGAAAAAGAAGCUGCUAGUGGCAAGGAAGACGAUUGAACAGCUUCAAGCUCAAAAUGAUUCGCUGCCCUCAACAAUCAUCCAAGAGCGGUUGGCGGGCUUGCCACCAAAACAACGAGCUGCUGUCACUUGCUGUUUCGAUGCAGCUUCAAGGAAAUCACGUCAAGGGAUGAAGUACGACAAGUCUUGGAUCCUAGAAUGUAUCCUCAUGCGAAUGAGAAGCCCAAAACUCUAUGAACACAUCCGAAAGCAGAACAUUCUCGCGUUGCCUUCCAAAUCUUGCCUGCAGACCUAUAUACGUGGCUUUAAAAGUGGAUUUGGUUUCAAUACAAACGUGUUUUCUGCUUUGUCACAGAAAACAAAAGAAAUGGAUGAACUCGGUCUUCACGGAGGUAUUGUGUUUGACGAAAUGAAGUUGUCGGAGCAUGUGAGCGUCAAGUCAUCGGGAGCACUGGAAGGUUUCGUUGACCUCGGCUCAUUUACUCCUGGGGACCAGAAAACAACGACGUGCGACCAUGGCCUGGUCGUGAUGUUCCAGCCCUUUCAUGGCGACUGGACUCAAGUCCUUGGAACAUUCGCUUCUCGGAGCAAUGUGAAGGCAGGCACCCUCUCAAAGAUCCUUCUAGAGGCUAUCCUCCUCGCCGAGCAGGCUGGCCUUUUCGUCGACUUCGUUACCUGCGACGGAGCUUCCUGGAAUCGAAGUAUGUGGAAAUCCUUUGGCAUAAAAGCAUCCGCAAAGGAGAUCUGCUGCAAGGUGCAUCAUCCCGUCGACAGAAGGAGAAGUUUACACUUUCUUUCCGACUUCCCACAUCUUAUCAAAUGCUUCCGCAACACUGUAGUGUCAACUGGUGUGCGGACUCCUGAUGGUCAUGUCCGCAUCGAGCAAGUUGAGGAGGCGUGGAAAUGUGAUAAAGCAAACGUGAGACUUAAGGUUAUGCCCACCAUAACGAAAGCACACUUGCAUCCUAAUCCUUUCGAAAGGAUGAAGGUCAACCUGGCCUUCAAGCUUUUCAGUGAGGAGGUGCUCAAGGGCCUGUUUUUUUACAAGAAUAGGAUGGGAUUUAGAUCCAUCACACCAACAGAGAACUUUGUGAGACUGAUGGAGAGACUUGUGUUCGUUAUGACGGCUCGAAUCCCACCCAAAGCGUUGAAACCACAGAAGUCGCGUGCUGCAUUCUUAGCAGAUUUUCUCAUCUACCUUAAUGAGUGGGAAAUGUAUGCCAGCAAGCACAACGGUGGCUUCAUUAGUGCAAGCACAGCCUUGGGCCUGCGUGUGACGAUAAGCAGUACGCUUUCCCUUCUGGACUAUUUAACGUCUGUGCUGGGGUAUGACUACCUUCUCACUGCAAACUUAAGUCAGGACAAAAUGGAGAAUUUUUUUUCUCUCGUGAGACAAUCAUAUGGGUGCAAUGACCAUCCUACGCCAGAGCAGUUUUUGCUGAUCGUUAACUGCCUAAGUUUUUACAACUUGGCAAAGCCCCUAAAGUCAGGGAACUCUUCCCCAGAGCUGGUAACUGCCCUCCUUAAGUCCGCUGAGGCCCCAGGCCAAGGUGAGACCCACAUUUCAAGUCUUGUGGAUGAACUCCUAGAUGGCGGCAACUGGGAAGGUGCUGACACGAUAAUCACAGCCACAGGGCAUGACUCUCAGUGUCCUCCCAGCACUGCCCCAUCAAAAGAAACAGCAUCAAUAGGGAAGCACUCUAGCUUAGUGAGUGAAAGAAGUGACAGUAGGCUGAUCUAUUACAUUGCUGGUUAUGUUGCACGUAAAAUGAUAAAAAAAAAAUCCGUGCUCCGAGUGUGCUGCAGAACUCACUGUGCUCCCGCUGCAGGCUGAGCAAAAUCCUGACUCGUGCUUCACAAAAGCUUUUGACCAUGGUGGUCUUCUUUACCCUACUGAAGCCUUGUCAAACUUUGUGACUGCGUUGGAAAAUGCUUUCACUGUUUUUUUUCAGCCACAACGAGUUGCACUGUUCCAGUGUCGUAGAUUUUUUAUCUUUUUUACAGAACCUUUCAUUUGACCGCGUUGGCUGUGUC